CUGCUCCCGCCCCCGCUCGCCGCUGGCGGGAGGGCGGGGAAGAGGAGGAGCCAGAGGCAGUUGCCGAGGCCCGCCCCGCGCGCCGAGCCCUUUAAAAGCCACCAGCGGUGACAGCUCGGCGGUCCGCCGCGUUCCCAGCUCUGCAGCGGCUCCCGCUCGGCCGAGGCCCGGGUGGCUAGGCUUGCACUCUCCGCAGCGGCCGCCCAGCAUGUCCGGGCACUUUCUGCUCGCGCCCAUCCCCGAGUCCUCCUCCGACUACCUCCUGCCCAGGGACAUCAAACUGGCCGUGCUGGGCGCCAGCCGCGUGGGCAAGAGUGCAAUGAUCGUGCGCUUCCUGACCAAGAGAUUCAUUGGCGAUUAUGAACCGAAUACAGGCAAGUUGUAUUCACGGCUUGUCUCUGUCGAGGGAGACCAGCUCUCCUUGCAGAUCCAGGACACUCCCGGAGGAAUCCAGGUCCAAGAUAACCUCACCCAAGUGGUCGACUGCCUGUCCAAAUGUGUGCAGUGGGCAGAGGGCUUUCUGCUGGUCUACUCCAUCACAGACUACGACAGCUUCCUGUCCAUCCGCUCCCUUUACCAGCAUAUCCGGAAGGUCCACCCUGACGCGAAGGUCCCUGUCAUCAUCGUGGGCAACAAGGGGGACCUUCUGCAUGCCAGGCAGGUGCAGACGGAUGACGGCAUUCAUCUAGCCAACGAGCUGGGCAGCCUAUUCCUUGAAAUUUCCACCAGUGAAAACUACCAGGACGUCUGUGAUGUGUUUCAGCAUCUCUGCAAAGAAGUGAGCAAGCUGCACAGCCUCAGUGGGGAGAGAAGAAGGGCCUCCAUCAUUCCUCGGCCGCGUUCUCCCAACAUGCAAGACCUGAAGAGGCGUUUCAAGCAGGCUCUGUCUCCCAAAGCCAAAGCCCCCUCUGCACUGGGGUAAAGCCAUCUCAGACAGACUGGCUCCUUUCUAGUAUGCAUUUGUGCAGCUGAGAGGACUGGGGGUCUCCCUUUUUAAUCACACAUUCAGAGUUUAUUUUUAUACAGACUAUGGGUUUGUAAGUAUGUGUGUGAAUUCAGUGAUUGCCUAGAAGUUGGUUUUCUUAAUAAAAUAUUUUUUUUUGUACUGUAACUGCUAGCCACUUUUCCAUUAAAGGCAAAAAGGCAACAUUGCGCCUUCUUUCUUAAAUGUCUUUUUAUAGAAAUCAUACUUGCACCAGAGCCCAGAACGGCUCCAUGUUUGCCCUCAGUCUGAACUCUGAUUGGUGUCUCAGGUCGGGAGGGGUUUAAGUAGAGGGAAUCUGUGGUGGGAGAAAAGAAAGUAUGUGGGGGAGGAAAGAGAUCUGAAUAACUGCAGGAUGUCUUUAAUUAGAGCUCUUUGCCACAGGCAUGAAAUUGACAUCAUGUGAUUUUCUAGGAAAGGAGUUCAUUGCGCACUGAGCUAAACAA